AUGGAGAAGACAGAUCAGAGAGAAACUCGAGACUUCAUGAACGUUGAAUCGUUCUCUCAGUUGCCAUUCAUUCGUCCAGCACCGGUUAAAGAAAAGGCCAUUAGGCUAUUUGCAUUUCUUAAACCUCCUCCACUGAGUAUUUCUACUGAUCCUCGUGAAGAACCGGAGCUGUUUCCGGAUACUAGUAUUCGUGAAGAGAUCAAAGGCAACGAGAAUAAUGGCGAAAGCAGCCGGAAAUUCGAAUGCCAUUACUGUUGCAGAAACUUCCCUACUUCACAAGCCCUUGGAGGUCAUCAAAAUGCACACAAGAGAGAGCGUCAACAUGCUAAAAGGCUGCACCUUCAUUCUGCUAUGGUGCACAGUGCUGUAUCUGAUCACCCUCACCUCUAUGGUGUAAUGAAUUAUCCCCUUGGUUCAGCCCCAGCACCAGCUUAUAAUUCAUGGGCCAAUUACAACAGUAACAGUUCUUACGGUGCUACAAAUAACGGGUUUUAUGGUCACUAUGGAUCUAGUUACUCUCGACCACCUAUUAAUGGUAGUCCCUUGGCGUUAUGGCGAACCCCCUCGGUCCACACUUCCACAGCCUUUAGACGCGACCAUUCAUCAACUCAUCAGCUGCCGUUGUUCUCUAACCCCGAUUUGAAGUUACCAUCAAUCAGCGGCUAUGAAUCUCAAAGCAGGUUUGGGUAUGAAUCAAAGCCAAGCGUGCAAGAUCAUGUAAGUUUGGAUUUACACCUUUAA